AUGUCCCAGCUGUCUGACACUGUCGACGCCUUGAAACGCAACAUUGACGGAAUAUCGCAGCUGUCCGACAUUGUGGACACAGUGAACCGCAACAUGGACGGUCUAUCUCGACUGUCCGACACUGUCGACGGCUUGAAACGCAACAUGGACGGACUAUCCCGACUGUCCGACACUGUCGACGCCUUGAAACGCGACAUGGACGAUAUGUCCCAGCUGUCCGACACUGUCGACGCCUUGAAACGCAACAUUGACGGAAUAUCGCAGCUGUCCGACACUGUCGACGCCUUGAAACGCGACAUGGACAACGAGCGGAACCGGACAGCUGCCCUGAUGAAGUGUUUUGGCGAUCUUUUUAGGUAA